AUGGCAAGUCUACUUAUCCGUGAAGAAGCUCCAAUUAAAAGUGAAUCCAAGCCAAUAGGUACAGUCAAUGAUAAGAAUAUCUUCAGCACAUCUUAUAGAGGUGUAGACAAACAUCUCAUCAGUUAUGAUAACGACGACUACGAACAAGAAAGAAACGUAGCUUUGAACAAUUGGUCUGUUGAUGGUGUUGUCCCUCUCACAAAAGAAGAACUUGAAGCCGAGCAGGUUGAAAAUAAGAAGCUCAUGAAGCAAUUUACAAAGAACAUUCUUAAAAUGGACUACUCUAACAUGAGUGUUCCAUGCUCGUACUCGGAGCCACGUUCUUUCCUUGAACGCAUGGCUGACUUCUUCUCAUUUUUGGCUGGCGAAUAUCUUGACAAAGCCGCUGCAACGACCAGUGUCGAAGAGCGCCUUAAACUUAUUUCCAUUGGCAUUGUAUCAUCUCUUCACCUUUACCACCAGAACAAGAAGCCAUGGAAUCCAGUUUUAGGAGAAACAUAUGUUUGCCAUUACAACUCAGGUGCAGUAUUAUAUGGCGAACAAGUUUCUCACCACCCACCGAUUUCCAACUUCGAGAUUUUCGGAAAAGACGCUGCAUGGAAAGUUCAUGGCCAAUGUAAUUUCAACAUUGAUUCAUCCAUGAACCACUUUGAAGUUAUCCAGAAAGGUUUGUUUGUCUGCACAUUCAACGAUGGCGACAAGUACGAAUGGGAAUUCCCUAAUACUUAUGUCAACGGUGUUCAACAUGGCGAUAGAUUCAUCCGCGUCGUCGGAAAAGUUGUUGUUAAGAACAACGAAAAGGCCAUGAAAGCAGUUAUCCGCUUGGCUCCUAAGAAAGACAAGAAACUCGGAAUCACAGAUUUCGCACACACUUACAUCUACGGCGGCAUCAAGAAGAUCCGUGGAAAGAAGGAGAAGAGAACAGAUUUCAUCAACGUAUACCGCGGCGACUACUGCAAGCAACUUACAAUGGAUGAUCAAGUUAUAUGGGACAUCAACGCACACAAAGCAAAGAGACCAAAUCAGGAUGUCAAUGAUGAUGAACUUUUACCAGCAGAUUCAAGAUUCAGAUUCGAUCGCGCUUAUCUCAUCGAUAAGAAACCAAUGGAAGAUGCUAAUUUAAUGAAGAAGACAAUCGAAGAUGCCCAGAGACGCGAAGAAAAGCUUAGAAUCUGUGUUAAGAAAUAA